AUGUCAAAUCAGCUUCCUCUUUCCCCACAGCCACAAUCGCAGUCACAACCGCCUGAAACGCCUCCAUGGGACACUCCGUCUUCCAAAUGGUUCACUCCGAUCAACACACCAUGGAGAACAACACCCAGGAGCAAACAAUCAACUCCAACUCCAACAACACCAGCAGCUCUCACCGAAGUGAUCGUGUCCAAAUCACCUUUAUCUCGCCCUGCAACGCCUUCUAAACUAGACGGUAUCGAAUCAGAGCUUUCAAACGAUACAAUGAUUCUCUUGCAGCUAAGAACAACCCGGACCAAUCCAUGGAUAUGGUGUGGCGCAGCUCUGUGCUUUAUCUUCAGCGUUCUUCUGAUAUUCUUUGGGAUCGCUACGUUGAUCCUCUUCCUAGCCGUCAGACCAAGAACCCCUGUUUUCGACAUCUCUAACGCGAAGCUCAACACAAUCCUCUUCGAGUCACCGGUGUAUUUCAACGGUGACGUGUUGCUGCUUGUAAACUUCACAAACCCGAACAAGAAACUAGACGUGAGGUUUGAGAAUAUCUACGUAGAGCUAUGGUUCUCCAACAAGUCGAUCGCCAGGCAAGGUAUCUUGCCGUUCUCGCAAAGAAACGGCAAGACUAGGCUAGAGCCGAUUCGUCUGAUCUCGAAUUUGGUCUUCCUGCCUGUAAACCACAUACUUGAGCUCAAAAGACAACUGGUGUCCAACAAAAUAGACUACGAAAUCAGAAGUACCUUCAGAGUGAAAGCUGUUUUUGGGAUCAUACACUAUUCUUAUUUGCUCCACGGGAGUUGCCAGCUCGAAUUGUCCAGUCCACCAACAGGAAACUUAGUUUCUCGGAGCUGUACUACAAGAAGAUGGUAA